CUCUCACUAUUACAGAACAGUUUACUGUGGCUUGUUGAUUUCUGGUUUUCAAUUCAUAGUAGUUGUACUUCCCUAAAGACCCCCCCCCCCAACCUUAGUAAAGAAAACACAUUAAGUGCCUGUGUUGCUAUAGUAAAAUCAUGCCAUUAUUUUUUUUCAUCAUCUUUUGUAGCAUUCUUAUUCCAUUUUUUUUCUAUUUGUUUUUAGAAGUUUGUGGAUGUGGAGUGAAUGUCAUCUUCCAUCUAGUCAUGGGAGUACCACCUGCUUUAAAACCACACACACCUGCCAGGUAAAUUACAGGAUCAUCUGGUACACAUGUACACACACAACCAAGCUUGUACUGCCUGAUGUCAUGCGGUCACAUUUGUGUUAGUAUUUGCAAUCCUAUGCUUAAUUCACCAUAGUUAAUUGGCUUAGCUGAAAUUUUGUAGGCAACCUUGAGCAAAUCUGCAGGCUACAUCUCUUGUCUCUACAUCCAGUACUGAGGUUAACGCAGCCGCUAUAAUCAGAGAAGUGUCCCUGGCUGGUGUACCACACACUGGUUUCUGGGUCACUUCUCAGCCCUCUGAGAGGGCCCUAUCAGAAAGAGAGAGAGGAGAGAGAGAGGUAUUUAUAGAAAAAUGGGGCUUUGCAGUACCUUUUCUUGCAAAGAACCAUUUCAGGACCAAGUUAGUGUGUCCCAGUUUUCUGAUCACCAGUCAGCCAUAGGGUUUGGACUGAGGCUGAGACUGGACCACCUCACCCAGGAUGAAGAGCCUGACUUUCAGACACUAUACCCUCUUCACCGACCUCCCUUUCCUUAGCUGCAGACUGCUGGUUCUCUGAUUGAGAACAGAGGGACACAUUGGCCUAGAUAACCUACAGAUGUGACCUUUUAGGUGGACUUGUUUAGCCUUGCUGGGUGGAGGCUUUUGGCGCCAGUGAGUUCAGGUAAGGAGCAGCACAAAGGUGUCAGAGGGCACUCUUUGGCUGCAUCAACCUCCAGGCCGGGGGCAAAGAGAGGCUGGCCGGAACGUGCCCUGCCGCAAGCCGGGCGAGGAUGAGGCGUUUCCUGAGCAGAAAGGGCCGCUUCUCCCUGCGCCAGAGCAAGUCUGGGACCCGGAGUGCCUCUAAAGAUUUCUACCUCGGCCUCCCAGCCACCAAUCAGAACUGGCCUGAGGCAUUUGGCUUCCGACUAGGUGGCACUGGGCCCAGCUACAUUCUGUCUGUGGUGGAGGGCAGUAGUGCCUACCUGGCUGGCCUGCAGCCCGGGGACCAGGUGGUGGACAUUGAGGGCCAGGAUGUGACCAACCUCAGCACACCGGCACUGAUUGCUCUGGCUCAGACCCUCAAGACGGUACCACCCAGCAUCGGAGUGGUGUCACGGAUUGAACAGAUUGACAUCACACCCGGCCCAGAUGGCCGUUUCGGGUUCACCAUCGUUGGAGACUGCCCUCUGAUGGUGGAGGACUGCAUGCCUAACGGUCCUGCUGGACGCAAUGGCCUCAAGGCUGGGGACUAUGUCAUGGAGGUCAAUGGCAUCCCAGUGAAGCAUCAUGAAACGGCAGCGGCCAUGAUCAAAGCAGCUCAGGGUCGGCCUCUGCGUCUGGGCGUGCUCAGUAUGGCCCGGCGGCCCAAGCGACUGAGCAGCAGCAUGAGGGUGUUGUCUCAGAGCGGGGACAGCAUCAGGGAGAGUCGCGCCCACAAGGCCAUGGAGUUUAAUAAGAAAGUGGAGGAAGUGCUAGGAGAGGAGCUAGAUGUGAAGGAACAUCUGUUCGAGGUGCUCAAGCAGUACGCUACUGAGAGGGAUGUGGAGACUCUGGCUGAGGCACUGCCCGACAUCUUGAUCACAGAGGAACAUCAACAGCUGAUUGACAGCGUCAGGAUCUUCAUUCCCAAGAAGCACAGGGAGCGUUUUGACGAGGUGGUUUCCCAGAGUCUGUUGAGCCGGCUCAAAGGACGGAGCUUCAGUGACCCAAGCCGCAAUCAUCUUCGCCGCAGUCGGAGUGAGGAUCACCCCGAACGCCUCCUGGUCUCCACCCGUGCCAGUUCAGUGCCACGCACCCACGCAGAGGAAGGCAUGGCCCCCCCCACCCGCGGCAUGCGCAAGACCACCUCACUCAUAGCUGGGCACUCCAGUGGAACCACCACCAACUGUAGGACAGUGAGAGUGUGUAAGGGUAACACGAGUUUUGGCUUCACUCUCAGAGGCCAUGCUCCGGUGUGGAUUGACUCUGUCAUCCCUGGAAGCCCAGCAGACAAGGCAGGUCUAAAACCAGGAGACCGCAUCCUGUUUCUCAAUGGACUGGACAUGAGGACCUCCUCCCAUGAGAAGGUGGUGUCCAUGCUCCAGGGCAGUGGUGCCAUGCCCACACUGGUAGUGGAGGAUGGCCCGCCUACUUUCACCCUGUCAGAGCAGGACCUCGCAGGGGGCGGUGUUCCCAUAGAGCGUUCCCGCUCACCUAUGCUCAGCUCCCUGCAGUGGGUGGCAGAGAUUCUGCCCCCCAGUAUCCGGGUUCAGGGCCGUACCUUUGGACAGCAACUGGAGCACCUGCUGACCAUCCAGGAGAGGUACACCAUCUGCAAGGCUCUGGAGAACUUCUUCCAGCACAGGAAUGUUGACACUCUGAUCGUGGAUGUGUUCCCGGUGCUGGAUACUCCAGCCAAACAGGUGAUCUGGCAGUUUGUUUACCAGCUGCUGACGUAUGAGGAACAGGAGCACUGCCAGAGCAAGAUCUCACGUUUUCUUGGAUACAAAGCUCCAGUUCCACCACCACCACCACCUCCUCCCCCUCCUCCAGAGCCUGAGGUUGUCCCUGAGCCCCAUCGACGUAGCAGCUCCAUGAGGGUGACAGGGACUACGUACAGGAGCAGUGUGAGGGGACGUAGCUCUGAUGACCUGGUCAUUGGCACACACUUGGGCCAGGGCUUCCGCGCAGAAAUGCUGCUGGAGACAGGGAUGAGGUUGGCUCCAGGAGAGAGACAGUCAGGAGAUGGUACUUCCCUUCCUGAGACUCCCAACAACCUCACCAAUCUGUCAGCGGUGUAUGCUGAACUGGAGAACAUGUAUUCAACCAAGAGGUCCAAGUCUCUGAAGAGUCGUGCUCCUCCUGCUCCCGAGAGUUUGCUGGAUCUGGAGCCUCCCUCACGCACGGCCUCCCCUACAAUACAUGCUAAUACAGGUAGCCGUAUGGGCCCCCAACCCCCUACAUCAUGGCCGGAGCCUCUCCCCAGCCCCCCAACACCCCAGUUCUAUCCAUCAGGGCUGACAAGCCAGACCAGUGGUGAGUCCAACCCUUACAUUAGCCUGGACAGUCCCCCUCCGUCACCUCCAGAGCCUUCGGACUUCCCAUCUAGUCCCCCCACCCACCGCAGCAACAAGCGGCGUUACACCUUCUCCAAACCACCACGCUCAGAAGACACAGAUCGCUUUCUGGAUGCACUGAGCGAGCAGCUGGGACAGAGAGUGGCCAUUGUUGAUGACUUCCUGACUCCGGAGAAUGACUACGAGGAGGAUGUUGUGCAGAUGGGCUUCCCAGAUGAGGAGGAUGAGGAUAAUGACGAAGAGUUGGGGGUAGACGAGGAUGAAAAUGGAGGAUUUGUGGCUCCAGAGCUCAGCAGCCCGAGUGAUGUUCAAAGCAGCAGUGGAGAAGAGAAUGCCUCCUCCCUCACCUACUCUUCCUCCUCUGACCACAUCCCUCCACCCCCAAUGACCCCUCCGCCACCCCCUCCUGUUCAGUUCAAUGACCCUCCUCCUCCCCCUCCAGCACCUGCACAGUCUCAGUCUCAGCACCAACAACAGCAACAGCUGAGCUACACCCCUGAACACUCCCCAAGAGCAUAUGUACCCAUCCGGCGGAAAUCUGGUCCCCCUCCACCACCUCCACCCCGCAGUAAUCCACCACCUAAACGGCACUCCUUACAUAAAGUGCUACCAACAAGGGAGGACCUUCAGGUCCACGCAACUAUACAAGAGCUCAAAGCCUUCCAAGAGAAACAAGUCUACCAGGAAAGAUUAGCCUAUGAGGAGCAACAAGCAUAUAAGGAGAGGCAGGCGUAUGAGGAGCAGAAAGCCUUUGAAGAACAGCAACUGUUCCAAGAGCAGCAGGCUUACAAGGAGCAACAGGCCUAUCAGGAGAAAAUCUUCAAGGAGAGACAGGCUUAUAAAGAGCAAAAGGUGUAUGAGGAGCAAAAAGCUUUUGAAGAGCAACAAAUGUACCAGGAGCAACAAGCCUACCAGGAAAGACAAGCAUAUGAACAGCGCCAAGCCUACCAAGAACAAAAAGCGUACGAACAGCGCCAAGUCUACAAGGAGCAAAAAGCCUUUGAGGAACUUCAAUCCUACCAGGAGCAAAAAGCUUUUGAAGAGCGUAAAGCUUAUGAGGAGCAAAAAGCAUAUGAAGAGCUCCAGUCCUACGAAGAGCAGCAAGCAUGUCAAGAUCAGCAGAUAUACCAGAGCCACCACUCGAUGCCAAACCAGCCAACACAGCAGAAAUCUCACUCACCAUUGCCUCUCCAACAACUGCACCAGUCCUUACCCUCACUCCCCUCUCCAGACUCCACCCAUCAGCACCCUAACCAUCCUCUGUAUAUGAUGCGCCAAGCACAGCAGCAGCAGGCCCUCCAGAGUCAUCUCCUCCGACGUCAAUCCCGUUCAGCCCCACCGCCACACCAGCCACAGCCCCAACCAACAGUUCACCCCAGCCAACAAGGUCCAUACGCUGAGGGCAUUUACCAAAGCCAUCAGGACAUGAGACCACAGGCCCACCAUUCCUCUGCGGAGAUGCUCCACCAGGCACACAAAGCCCCAGCCCAUCAUUCCUCGGCCGAGAUCCUCCAUCAGUUGCAACAAUCCCAGGCCCACCACUCAUCUGCUGAGAUGCUCCAGCAGAUGGAACAAGUCCAUGCACACUUCUCCUCAUCAGAAAGGCUCCACCAAAUGCACAAAACCAAGGCACAUCAUUCCUCAACAGAGGUUCUGCACCAAGGUCACCAGAUGCAGCAAAUGCAGCUCCACCACUCCUCGACCGAACUUCUCCAUCAAGCGCACCAGAUGCAUCGGGGACAAGCGCACCAUUCAUCCACUGAGCUGCUUCAUCAAAUGCACAAUCCCCAGGCCCACCACUCCUCCACUGAGUUGCUCCAUCAAGCCCACCAGAUGCACCAAACUAAGCCCCAUCACUCCUCCACAGAGCUUUUGCAUGAAGCCCAGCAAGAGCCUGCCUCCCUCCCAGGUCAGCUAAACCGGGACAGCUACUCCCAUCAGAGUCGGAGAAGUCUUAAAGGUCAUCAUCAGACUCAAGUGUCACAGCAAGGGAGACACCAAGAACAGCAGAUCCACCAAACCCAUCACCCCCAGCCCACCAAACCCUCUCCCCAAAGACCUCACUCUAUCCAGCAAACCCACCACCACUCCAACACACCUCAGAUCCACCACAUUCACCAUAUGACCCCACAGCCCCCUCCGCAAGACUACCAACACCAGAUUCAUGUCAUCCACCCUCCCCAUCAGCCCCACAGGCCUCAGCCCCUUCUCUCCACCUUUCAGCCGCUCCAGCCGCACCAGCCCACCAUCUCCACUUUCCAGCCUCUGUCUCAACACUACCAAUCCCAGCACCAAGUUCAGCCUUCCACUCAAGCCACCCGUCCACAGUCCCAGCCGUCACAUCACCUGCUGCAGUUGCAACAUCAGCCCCAAACCCAGUCCCACCAUAAGCAAUCCCAUGGCCAAAGCCAGCCUCAGUCCCUCCCCCACUCGCUAUCUGACCCUUCAGAGCACCUAGAGCCCCCUCCACCUCCACCCCUACCGCCACCCUGUUCCCCUCCACCGUUGCCCAGGCCUUUGCUCUCCAGGAUGGACUCCAACCACAUGAGUGUGAAGAGGCUGCGCUGGGAGCAGGUAGAAAACUCAGAGGGGACUAUCUGGGGACAGUUAGGAGCCAAUUCUGACUAUGAGAAACUACAUGACAUGGUGAAGUAUCUGGAUCUGGAGCUGCACUUUGGGACACAGAAAAGCUCCAUACCUGUUCCAGAGCCAUCUCAUCUGCCAGAAACCUUUAAGAAGAAAGAUGUGAUUGAAAUUCUGUCCCAUAAAAAAGCCUACAAUGCCUCCAUCCUGAUAGCCCACCUAAAACUGUCUCCUGGGGAGCUGCGUCAGAUACUGAUGAACAUGGUCACUGAUAGGCUGGAGCCAGCCCACAUCAAACAGUUGCUACUCUAUGCCCCAGAUGCAGAGGAGGUAAAAAAGUAUGAAGGAUACAGACAGGACCCCAGCAAACUCAGUGAGCCAGACCAGUUUGUGUUGCAGAUGUUAUCAGUACCAGAGUAUAAGACCCGCCUGCAGAGCCUCCUCUUUAAGUGUUCUCUACAGGAGAAGACGGAGGAGUUGAGGGGAGCGUAUGACUGUCUCUACAAGGCUUCGAUGGAGCUGAAGACAAGCAAGAAGCUGGCUAAGAUACUAGAGUUUGUGUUGGCGAUGGGGAACUACUUGAAUAACAGCCAGCCUAAAACCAACAAAACUACAGGCUUUAAGAUCAACUUCCUCACAGAGUUGAGCACAACUAAAACAGUGGAUGGGAAGUCAACAUUUCUACAUAUUCUGGUCAAGUCAUUAUGUCACCACUUCCCUGAGGUUUUGGAUUUUUCCAAAGAUUUGACCAUGGUUCCUCUUGCUGCCAAAGUAAACCAGAGGGCUAUCACAUCAGAUCUGAAUGACCUUCAUACAACUAUCCAGGACAUUCGCUCAGCCUGUCAGAAGAUGCCUGUGACUGCUGAAGACCGCUUUGCUGUUGCCAUGAGUAACUUCCUUGAAAACAGUCAUCCAGCAGUCCAGUCUCUGGAUUCCCUGCAACAGAGGGCUAUGGAGGAAUUCAGCAAAACUGCAUCUUUCUUUGGAGAAGACGGCAAAGGCACAAAUACUGAGGCCUUCUUUGGUAUAUUUGCUGAGUUCAUUGGCAAGUUUGAGAAAGCUCUCAAUGAUCAGCAAGCUGCAGAAAACCAGAAGAGUCCCAGAAGUCCACGAAUGGCCUCCCCACUGGCCUGGUAACACACACAGAUGCAGAUGACUACAUACAGUAGUUCAUACAGUACAUACACAUGUCCACAGACACAUUCACACAUACUGUAUAUACAUGCACAACCACUGUGUAUAUACAUGCACAAACACAUACACACCACUCAAUGCACAAUUCUGAGCAAAAAAACAAGAUUUUGUGUGUUUGUGUUUUUGGUCAAAUUAAGGGAGGGAAGUUUUGACAUGAGGCAAAAUGAGGUCUUUUGCAUCAGGAUGGACGAUUUAGCUUUAUACCAGUGGUAUAGUAUAUACUAUAUAUCCUUUAAAAACAAGUUUUUGUUAAAGUAGAAAACUGUAAUUUCUACAAUAAGACUACAUAGAAUAAGGCUACAUAGAAAACAACUCCCUGUUUGUUUGGCUGUCAAUGUAACUCCACUAUUGGAAAGACAGUUACUCAGUAACAUCCUGUAGUUGAAGUUUUCUUUCUCUAAGCCUGAGUGUAAGUGUACUAUUACAAUUCUACUGUAAAAUCUUUGUUACAUGUAUUCAAGUUAUAGAUUUAACAAAAAGGAAUGUUAUCCUGAAAUAGAUAUUUAAUUAAAAUACAUUCAUAUUCUCUUUGCGGUUUGGAAGAAAAUCCACAAAAGCAGUUUUCCUGCUGUUAAUUUACAUGUUGUGUAUUUUUGGAAACUACCCACCACACUGAAUGUAACACAAGUUCUUUACUGACUUAUUUUCUCAAGUAAAUACUCUUUGAAAUCAUCUGUCUUGAUGACAGAUUGUUUCAUGCUCUGCUUUGUAUCUAUGUCUCACUGUCAGCUGAUUUUCCAAAUCCAUACCAUGUCAGUUAUCGCCACAUCAUUUCUUUUUUUCUAAAUGGUAUUGUUCUAACCUCUAAUGUUACUAACGUGAAUAUAUGAGACAACCCUCAGUGCAACCCUCAGUGCAAAGUUGGCACCUACUAUUUGUUUUUAUAAAAUACAAUUUUAACUGUUCCAAGGAUCAUUUUUCACUGGUUCACACUCACACUAAGUACUGUAGAAGUGGGAUGAUGUGGCGCUAAUAGCGGGCAGUGUGCAAUAUGUGAAUGUUGUGUUCCACUGUUGGAAAUUAUACUAAACAUUAUUACACUAUAUAAAACUAUACAAAAAUUAUAUUGUGUCUGCACUGUACAGAAUGAGCGUGGAUAUAAAUAAAACAGAUACAGAUGCUACAGUAUAUAAAGCACUUUGUAACUUUCAUGUGUUACCCAAAUAUUUAUUUUAUUGAUUGUGUCAUAUGGACCGACCAUAAAGUAAUACCGGUCAGAAGACAGCAAUGUCAUUACGUUUAUUGUAGCAGAUGCAGCAUUUUGCAUACAAACAACUAAUAAUACAGCUUCUGAGAUGUGCCAGUGCUCUGUAAAACAUGAAUCUUAGUUGUCAAGUGAUAUUUUUUAUAUAGUAAGGGAAAUUAUUAUAAGGAUAAUGUGUGCAGCCAGUAAAAACUAUGUUUUCUAAUGCUCCAAGUUCAUUUUUUCUGCUUAAAUUACAGAAUGUAAACCUCUAAAACAUUCAUGUCCAUUUAAGUUAUAUAAAGUGUUAAGUCUGUAUUUUGUAUUGUAUCCUAACAAUGUGGACAAUUAUAAAUAGUGGAAUGAAAUCUG